CCACAGGUCCGCCCGAGCCCCGCUCACACUUGGGAAACUUGGGACUCGCUGGGGGCGCAUGGGGCACCUCUAGGGGAAAGCCCCAGCCUCUAAGGAGCGGGAGGAGGAGGAGGAAGAGAAGGAAGUGAGCCCGAAGGAUCCUCUCGGAGCUGUUUAUCCAGCUAUCUCUAUUCGCACCCGGGGCAGCCCAGCCAGAAGGGGGCAGAGCAGAGGGUGGCCGACUUAGGCGCUAAUUGCCAACUCUUCUCCUCACAGCUUGUCUUUACCAGGCACCCUGGAGUCCCAUCAGGCCAACAACACACAGGGCACGCACCUGCCAGUCGCCCCUGACUUCACAGACCAGGAGACCUCUGAGCCCAAGGAGAUGGCCCAGUCCAAGACCGACUGCCGCUCACCUGUUGGCCUCGAAAGUUGCAACUGCUGCCUGGACCUGGCCCACCAGAGCAGACUCCAGCCAGGGAGCAGUGGGGAUAACAACAACUCCCGUAGCCCCACGGUGAGCAACUUUCGGCAGUUGCAGGAGAAGCUGGUCUUUGAGAACCUCAACACUGAGAAGCUCAACAGCAUAAUGCGGCAGGAUUCCCUGGAGCCAGUGCUGCGGGACCCCUGCUACCUGCUCAAGGAGGGCAUCUGCAACCGCAACAUUGACCAGACCAUGCUCUCCAUUCUGCUCUUCUUCCACAGCGCUUCGGGAGCCAGCGUGGUGGCCUUAGACAACAAGAUCGAGCAGGCCAUGGAUCUGGUGAAGAAUCACCUGAUGUAUGCUGUGAGAGAGGAGGUGGAGAUCCUGAAGGAGCAGAUCCGAGAGCUGGUGGAAAAGAACUCCCAGCUGGAGCGUGAGAACACCCUCUUGAAGACCCUGGCCAGCCCAGAACAGCUGGAGAAGUUCCAGUCUCGUCUGAGCCCAGAAGAGCCGGCUGCUGAGUCCCCACGAGCGCCAGAGGCCCCCGGUGGUUCUGCGGUGUAAGUGGCUCUGUCCUCGCGGUGGGCAGAGCCACUAAACUUGUUCUACCUAGUUCUUUCCAGUUUGUUUUUGGCUCCCCAAGCGUCAUCUCACGUGGAGAACUUUACACCUAGCAUAGCUGGUGCCAAGAGAUGUCCCAAGGACAUGGCCACCUGGGUCCACUCCAGUGACAGACCCCUGACAAAGAGCAGGUCUCUGGAGGCUGAGUUGCAUGGGGCUUAGUCACCCCAAGCCAGUGAGCCUCUAACACUACGGUGCCCUCAGGGUUACCAGGGCCUGGAUAAGUUAGCUGCAACUGGCAAAGGUGAGAGGUAGUUCGAGAUGAGAUGCCAGUUUGCUCCAGAAGGUGUAAGGGGUCUGUUUCUCAUUUCCAUGGACAUCUUCAACAGCUUCACUUGACGACUGUUCCUAUGAAGAAGCCACUUGUGUUUUAAGCAGAGGCAACCUCUCUCUUCUCCUCUGCCUUGUCAAGGCAGGGGGAACAGAUGGGAGAGAUCGAGCCAAAUCAGCCUUCUGUUGGUUAAUAUGGUGUAAUGCAUGGCUUUGUGCACAGCCCAGUGUGGGGUAACAGCUUUGGGAUGACCGCUUACAAAGUUCUGUUUGGUUAGUAUUGGCAUAGUUUUUCUAUAUAGCCAUAAAUGCAUAUAUAUACCCAUAGGGCUAGAUCUAUAUCUUAGUGUAGCGAUGUAUUCAUAUACACAUACACCUACAUGUCGAAGGGCCUAACCAGCUUUGGGAGUAUUGGGAGUAUUGUCUGGUCCCUUGUCUCUUAUGGCUAAUUGUUGGACUGUGUUCAUUUACCAAGUUGAUCCAGUUUGUCCUCUAGGUUAAGUAAGCUGAGAAUGUAAAGGCAGGGAAGGAGGCCAGCCUCAGAAUGUGGCCACAGAUGCCUUGCUGCUGCAACCUUUUCCUCAUCUGUCCAUUGAAGGCAUGUGAGGUCCUCUUCUGAACACCAAACCCACCAUUCACUGGUGCUGACUAAAUAGAAUGGGGUUGAGAGAAGAUUAGCUUGGACUUCACAGUGCCAUUUAAAAACUUUAUUAUUAUUAUUGUUAUUGUGGAAAACUUUCAAGUGAGCAGAGCGAUUGACAUGAUGGUGUCCUGUGAUGGACAAGGGAAUGGCUUUGACCUUAUGUUGCCUGGGUAAUGUGCUCAGGGAGCUUGUCUCCAGGGGUUUCUGUGACAGUGAACACUUCCCACUUUCUGACACCUUAUCCUGAUGUCUGUCUCCAGGAUUUGGAUUUUUUUGUGUGUCCAAAUGUAGCUUGAAAUUUCAAUAAACUUUGCUCUCAUUUUUUCUAAAAAUAAAA